UGCAUUGCAAUUUAUGUCUUAAAACAAUCGCACACACGCUAAUGGUUGUUCGCUAUUAAAGUGUAAUCAUGAUCGGCUUCUCCCAAUCAAAGUGUAAUAAAGUAAUAUUAUAUUACAUCAUUUAAACGGAGAGUUAAAAUAGUGCUUAAAAUUAAUGUUAAUCGAACGUCACAAACAAUACGGUUUAUAAUUGUGAAGACAGUAUUAACGAUAAAUGACGCGCAAGGAAUUCAUGUAGUUUUGUUGAAGUCUAGGUGGAGCAAACAAGAGUAUAAAAGCUGAUACGGAAAUUGAAGUGUUCAAUAUAUGGAAAUACAACAUGCCGUCAGGCUAGAUUAACUCUUGUUUCGACACCAAACGAACGGUUAUUUGAAAUUCAAAGGAACAGUCUCUUCGCCGAAAAUCCAAUCACUAUCUUAUAAACUUUGUAUCCUGAGACUACGGCUUUCCUUAAAAUGUCGAAUAUUUCGGAGAUGACUGCGAACGGAACUAUUGAAUUGGAUUUGGAUACUUUAAACCAACUCGCGACUAAAGAAAAUCUUCCAAAACUGGUGUUUCUUGUCACUGUAAUGCUCAUAGGGCUUGUUGGGAAUAUAUGCGUAGUGUUGGUCUACAAACUAAAGUUCAAACGAUCAAGCGCGAGGGUGUACAUCAUUUCACUCGCAUUGACAGAUAUGUCUGUGUGUAGUGUCGGCAUUCUUUACCACUUUUAUGACUUAACCAAUUCAAUUACUUACGAAAAUGUUCUCACAUGUAAAAUUCUUAGCUUUAUUAUCAGUCUUUGCUCUUUAAGCUCGAUUUUUAUAUUACUUGUGGUUGGGUUGGACCGUUAUUUAAAAGUGUGUCGGCCCCUUAAAAAGCAAAUUGUCGAUUUUGGUGACAGAAAAGCAUGCAUAAUUGCAACGCUUCUGGCAGGCCUUUUUUCUGUUCCAUAUCUAGCAAUCUAUGGCCACCGCACUGUUCCAUUGUCCUAUGGCGGGUUUAAUAUUAGCGGAAGUGAAUGUUCUAUUGACGACGUAUACAUUGAAGCCAGUGAUUCUUAUUUAGGAGUAGCUUUUCUUGGAUUCAAUUUGAUUUUAUUUGUGAGCGCUAUACUGUAUCUUAUCAUUAUUUAUGGGCUCAUUUGUCACACAAUUCGUCGCAAUUACAAUUUUAACGCUUUUCAUAGUAAGUCGACUACAAAAAGCUGUUGUUUUAAGAGUGGACGAGAGGACACUACAAACACUGAUACAGCAGACGCAGACCUUAGUGUUGAACACGGAACAAAUCAGGAAGAGCUUACACCCGAAUCAGUUAAAACAAUAUCUGAAUGUGUGACAGCUAAUCAGACUGUUUCUGAAAUUGCAUGUCCAAAUCAAAUAACACAAAUACAUGAUGAAACUGGGAAGAAAAUUGUACGAAGGACUUUAUCAAAUACAAUGAUUCGCCACACAGGUAAAGGGACACAUGUCAAAGAGCGGAAUUCGUUCAAAAUAACAAUGAUGAUGUUGACAAUCACUGUCGUUUUCAUCGUGACGUAUCUUCCAUUUAUAUCAGUCUCCAUUUUAGAUGGAAUGGACGCAGAUUUCUGGAAAGGUUUGUCAAAGACACAGAUACGUCUGUUCGAAUGGCUGUUAAGGAUUUAUGUUCUUAAUAAUGCUAUCAAUCCAUUUAUUUACUGUUUUUGGGAUGCCAAGUUUCGUCAGGAAAUCGGCAACGUUUUUCAUGCAUUGUGCCAGUGUAAUUCUAAAACUUAAAACAUUCAACUGUUGAUAACGACUGAAUAAUGACGUAAUGGAAGUCAAUGACAUCGUUAUCGCGAGGUUUAUAAUUUGGUCAUUUAAACAUUUAUGAUAAUAUCCCAAGAAAAUGCAUCCCCGUAUGAUUUUUCAAAUGUUUAUACCUAUGCUUUAUUGACCAAUUUGAAAGUUGUUUUCCCUAAAAUGCUUCUAUUGUAUCCAUAGCAUCGUUCAAUUCGGACGAUUGUAUAUAUAACUUUGCUUUUUUUGUGUUAAUAUUAUGGUCUUCUGUGUUGUUUU